GCAAGGUAUUCAGUCCAUUAAAAGAACUGUCAUCAAUUGUUAAAAAGAAAAGAAAAAAAACAUGACCAACACUUUGCCGUUGUUAGCCAUUUGUUUCGUUUGUCUUAUGGGACGGCUGGUAAACAGUGAAACUUUUGAUGAAUGUGAGGGUGCAGAUGAUGGCACCUAUGUCUCGAGCUUUGGCAGCUGCUCUGCUUUUAUCUACUGCGAUGGAGAUGAAUCCGUAUUGGACGAUUGUGGCAAUGGUUUCUUUUUCAAUGGCGAAGAGUGUGAUUAUGAGGAAAAUGUUCAAUGUGCCUUAGAUGAGAUCGAUAAUGAGGGGGGAAAUGGUGAGGAAGAGCCCGAAGAGCCUGAAGGAGAGCCCGAAGAAACGCCCGAUGAACAAACCAGUAAGGCCACACCAGCACCGAGUACCGCGGCCACGUUGCCAGCCGAACAGCCUGCCACAGGAGAAAUUGUUGAUGUACCGCCCAUUGUCAGGGACUCCUGUCCCUUCAGUGAUGAUCCCAAUCAGAUUGUGCUGAUUACAAAUAGCAAUUCCUGCUCCGAUUAUUAUGUGUGCUAUCAUGGUAAUGCCAUUGGCAUGCAUUGCAUGGACCAUUUACAUUUUAAUACGGCCACAGGAAAAUGUGAUUUCCCAGAAAAUGCCAAAUGCAAGUUGGCCAAUCAGGCGCCUUCGGAGUUCAAUAAGUGCUUACCACAUAUGUCGGAGUUCUUUCCACACCCCAACAAAUGCAAUUAUUUCUACUAUUGCAUAAAAGGUUAUCAAACAUUGCAGCAGUGUCCUUUCUACUAUGGCUGGGAUAUUGAGAGACGCACUUGCGUACAUAUGUCGCAAGCCAAGUGCUAUAACGGCAAUGCUUGAGAACAGAUACAUAUAUGCUUAUCUCAAACUAUGCCAUUACAAAGGCAUUGUGUCACACAUUGAUUUUUGUUACUUCUUGCAUGUCAUAGCCUUGGCAAAAGUAUAGAUUGUUCAUUUCUUUCAUUUCAUUCUUAGUUUG